UGGACCCCACCCCUAUCUGUGAUAACCAAUCAAGUUCAGGGACUCAGACGUUUCAGGGACAGAGACCCCUUGGUGCAUUUGACUUCAGAGGCAGAACAGCCGGAAGGCGGCACUUCACUUUUGACCCCAAGACUUCCAGGGACCCCAGUGCACGCUGUUGGUGGUGACACCAGGAGGACACAGUAACAUGCAACACUUCCCCGACUCUAAAUCGAUGCCCCGGACCCCUCCGGCGGGCGACCCGUACCAGCAGGGCUGCAUCAGGAUGACCCUGGAGAACGCAGAUCUCUGGAAGUCCUUUCACAACAUGGGAACGGAGAUGAUCAUAACAAAGCACGGAAGGAGGAUGUUUCCACACUGCAGCGUCAGUCUGUCGGGGCUCCAGCCUUUCGCCAACUACGUCGUCAUGAUGGACAUGAUUCCUGUGGACAGCUUCAAAUACAAGUGGAAAAAGGAGCAGUGGGAGGUCGCAGGGAAGGCAGAGCCCCAGCCCCCGUGGCGGACGUACAUGCACCCGGACUCCCCUGCCACAGGAAGUCACUGGAUGAAGCAGUCGCUGUCUUUCCUCAAAGUGAAGCUCACCAACAACACCUUGGAUCAGCACGGCCACAUCAUCCUGCACUCCAUGCAUCGCUACUACCCCAGGUUCCAUGUGAUCCAAGCAGACAGACCGUACACCGUCCGCUGGGGCCCCUUCCAGACCUUCUCCUUCCCAGAGACGACCUUCACCUCGGUGACGGCUUACCAAAACCCAAAGAUCACCAAAUUGAAGAUUGACCACAACCCCUUCGCCAAAGGAUUCAGGGAGGGAGGCACCCACUCCCACAGCAAACGGUGUCGUCCAAACAGGAGCCCUCCUGCAAAGAGAGCCGCAAUGGACGCGGAGGCGCCCUGUAGCACUCCUCCAGACCUGCAGAGGAUGCCCUCCGCCUCCCGGUCGGAGCAGGCGGAGGCAGAGAGGAGCCAGGCCUCCUCCGCUCAGGCCUCACCGAAGGCGGGUCAACUCUCCGCCUGGGCCGCGGAGCAGGACCCGCCUGAGAGUCUGCACGCCGAGCCCCUGGAGCUGCACGAGUACGACUACAGCUGCGAGGAGCAGAUGGUGCCUGCGUCCGCGGCGUACCAGCCCUACAGAUCCGUGGAGUACGCCAGAUUUCCAUUCCCGUCCCACGAUGUGGAUGUCUCGCACCCUCUCGCCCACCCGCCACCUCACCCGCUCGCCCCGGCGGAACACAGCGCCCAGCAACAGCACGCCUACCACCACCACCAUCAGCACCACCACCACCACCACGGCAACGCAGCCGACUGGAGUCAGUACCCGCUCUUCUCGUACUCCUGUUGGUGAACUUUGACCCCCUUUGCGGCGGUGGCGUCGUUAACGGAGGACGAGGUCACCGGGGGGGCCUUUAAAGAUAAUGAGGAACUGCUGCUGUUAUGAGGAGGCCGGCGACGACCCAAUAGACCCCUCCUAUGGUUUGUGUUAAAAGUGUAUAAAUGUGUGUAUAAAGUUUCCAGUUUUUUAAUCUUUAUUUCGUGGUCACAACCAUGCCGGUUCAUCUUGAGCCUUCAAAGUAGCCUGUUCUAAAUAGAUGUAUGUACUGCAUAUUGUCAUGCAUCCAGUCAGGGGAAAUAAGUGUGAUAUUAGUUCUGGAGGUCUGUCACAGACCUUUAAUAAAAGGUCAACAGUGGGAGUUUGUAUAAAAAUUACCAAAAUGGAAUUGAAUGCAAUAAAAAACAAAUUGUAUCCAACACCAAUCUGUUUUAAAUGUAUAUCCUGUUUCAUAGUUUGAACGUCCAAAUUACAAUUUGCAUCGAAACGUGACAAGAUUACACAUUAGUGUUUGGAUACUGAGGAAAUAAGCACAAUAAAUGGAGUUGGACAACAGUG